AAAAUCAAAUCAAAAACAGUAUAUUCUUAACUUAGAAGGCUUAGAAUGAAGAUUUUAGUUUGCUAUUUGGCCCUAAUUGUGGUAGGUUUAGUCCAAUCUACCACGGCUGCAUGCGAUGUAGCCAGUGUAACGACUGCAAGUGGACCAGCGUAUAAUCCACCCUCAAUGUUGUGUCCGGGCGAUUUAAUUUUUGAGGAUCAUUUUGAUACUUUGGAUCUCGACACGUGGAAGCAUGAAGUUACAAUGGCAGGAGGUGGAAAUGGAGAGUUUGAGUAUUACCGAAACAGUCGAACGAACAGUUUUACCCAAGGUGGCAAUUUACAUAUUAAACCCACUUUCUUAGCUGAUGAGUACGGUGAAGACUUUUUGUACUCUGGAACUUUGGACAUUACUGACGAGUGCACCAAUUCAAAUCAUAAUGGCUGUUUGCGUACGGGAACAUCAACUAACAUUCUAAACCCCAUUGAAAGUGCAAGAAUUCGUACGUAUGAAACUUUUGCGUUCAAAUAUGGUACAGUCGUAGCCAGAGCUAAAGUUCCCGCAGGAGAUUGGCUUUGGCCAGCCAUUUGGCUUUUACCCAGUGAUUAUCGAUACGGAGGUUGGCCCGUGGCUGGAGAAGUAGAUCUAGUAGAAAGUCGUGGCAAUAGAAAUCUGACUGAUUCAACUGGACUUAAUAUUGGCACUCAACUAGCCUUCAGCACGCUCGAAUGGGGACCAUCAUUGGAGCAAAACCAAUAUACCAAAACGCAUUGGGUGAAAAGCAACCCCGACGGUUACAACAACGACUUUCACUUGUACAAAGUGGUUUGGAGUCCUGAAGGAUUCUGGUUUUACUAUGACGAUGAACUAAUUGGAAGCGUAAAUCCUCCAGACGGCGGAUUCUGGGAGUUGGCAGGACUUCAGGAUAGUGAUGAAUAUAAUCCAUGGUCAUCCGGAACGAAGAUGGCACCUUUUGAUGUGGAAUUUCACUUGCUGAUCAAUUUGGCCAUUGGGGCGACAACUGGAUAUUUCCCAGAUGAAGCCAACAAUCCUGGAGGCAAACCUUGGAGAAUCGGUUCUCCCACUGCAAUGACUGACUUUUGGCAAGGCAAAUCCCAAUGGGAACCCACAUGGAAUCGCAAUACGGACGACUCUCACUUCAUUAUUGAUUACAUUCAAGUAUUUGCUAUUUAAUUCCCAUGUGCCAUCUUCAAUUAAACCAUUUAAGUAAACGGAGCGAUGAAUAGAUCGCGGGACUAAUCAACUGAAUACCAUGUAACUAGUAUCUAUAGUCAUUCAUUCAUUGAAAUUUGUACAAUAGAAUCGUAAAAACAUU